GUUACCACGAGAUCUAUGCCUUGGGCGGCUUUUGCCCCAGGAUGAUCACUCACCGACUUUUGCUGCUCCACUGUCACGUGAUGCUGGCAUUCUUCUGCUACGACGGCUUCUUGCUGACUGUUUGCGUCGGGAACAAGGUCAUCAUCGUGCAGCCUCUGGACAAGCGAUGUCUAGGUUUUCGUCCUCUCCGCCCUGCGCUUCGGGGUGCCGGACCUUCUCUGCCCGACAUUACGGUAGAUGUCCCUCCCCUUGACAGCAGUGUCUCUGGGGCUCCGACGGUUAUUCCUCGGCUGGCUGAUCGAGCUCCGCUGCAGCUGGAUCGCGACACAAGCUCGGACUCAGAUGAGGGCACCGACCCUCCAGAUGUUGAAUCGAGGUCUGCAGACCAGACCAUCCGGCAUGCCAGUUUCGUUCUCCACCUUCAGAUGGGGGGGAGCCGCUUGCGCUCAGACCAGGCGGAGGACUGCAUGGACUCUGAUCCUCCGCCUGAUUUUUCAGUUUUGGAUCAUGACUGUGUGCAUACGGCUGAAACUUUUGCUCGUUCCCUACUUGAUCUAUCGGAGCCUGUUUCGUGUGAACACGUUCAACAGCUUGCAGAUUUGCUCUUGCAGGAAACACCUGAUUUGGAUGAACGUUUUUCCUCUGGCGGCUCAGUGUCUGCUGGAGUCUAUUUUCGCCAUAAAACGGGUCUACGCAAGGCCUGUACUUCGCAUCCGCUCUCGGUGAAGGUGAUCAAUUCUUUUAUAAAUUUCUUGUCGCCCAAUUUUGUGCACUCAUCAUUCGUGCUGAUUGAUGGAAUUGCUUCUGAGGCGCAUUGCGAUGUUCUUAACUCCCACUUGCCAAACAUUGUCAUUCCGGUGACUCCUUUCCAAGGUGGUGACCUUCGCGUGGAGUGCUCGCUGGGAGCUGAUUUCAUCACACGUGAUGGUGUUCAGGUGCCGGCUGUCCGCCUUCCUGUGAGUAGAGGCCCGGCUGCUUUCUCCGCGUCACAGUGCAUGCAUGAAGUUCUGCCUUUUCAGGGUCGUCGUCUUGUGGUUGCAGCGUACACUCUGAAGGCAUGUGCUCGCUUGUCGGCUGAGCAUUCUUCCAAGCUGCGCCAACUUGGAUUUCGGCUCCCUUCACAAGCUGAACUUGAUCAAGCCACGCUUUUCACGCCGCGCAUGUUGUGCCUGUCUGAUGUUCAGACUGCGUGCCUUCCUUCUGUUGCUGGUACUCUGUCUGCUGAUUCACAGGCAUGUUACGCCUCGACAGGAGGGAUUUCAUGCCCUCGCCCAUGUGAACAGGGGAAUGUAUUGGCUGAGCAGGAUGUGCCUCAGCAUCUUUUUCAUGGACGAUUUUUCCUCGACUUGUGUUCUGGUGCUGAGGCCCCUGUCACUAAGGCAAUGCGCGCACUCAGGGCUGAUUGCUUCGAGCCCCUCGACAUUAUCCAUGGUGAGCAUUGCAACCUCUUGAGUGACGACUGCUUCGACUGUCUUCUGGGGUUGUCGGCUAGCGGGUUGAUCGGUGCUGCCUUGGCUGCCCCUCCUUGUGGAGAAUUCAGCAUGCUCAAGAUGCGUUCGGGCGGUCCUGCCCCGGUUAGGACGCCACAGGAGCCUGAUGGAUGCGCUUCGAACACUUGGUCUCAGGCCAUCAAGGCUCAGGACAGUGCGCUCUUACAUGACCGAUGUCAUGAACUUCUGUCUAGGAUUGCUGCAGCUGGAGGUUGCAUCAUUUUCGAACAGCCGCCCUCCUCUAUGGCAUACUUGAAUUUAAAAGUUCAACAGUGGCUCCGUUCGACUACCCCGUAUGUCAUCCAGGUUGCGGCUUGCAUGCACGAACUAGAUGUUGCCAAACAUUGGAUGUUCUCAUCUAAUCGCCCCGGCCUUCUGGAGUUGGCCUCAACAUGUUGCCACCCCUCAGGCACUCACAGACCGAUUUGGGGGAAACGGGCGGCUGAUGGUUCGUUUUUCAGCAGGUUGACGGCGCAGUACCCUAAAACCCUUGCUGAUGCCCUGGCUGAGUUUCUGAUUGGUUUUACCACUCAAGAGAAUCGCUUGAUUCCUUUGGCUGACUGGAGAUCUGCUCUUCCCAAAACCCCGCUUUGGCCCCAGCCGUGUUCUAGGGUUGAAGAUGGUGCGGGAAUUCGCAGUUCGGCCUUCUGGAUUACGCCUCAGUCCAAGGAUCAUUUGAGGCGACUUCGCAAGACUUGGACGACUCGUCUUUGUCAGGAUCGUCUGUGCUUGCGGCUUGCGCAUUGCUGA